AUGGAGGGUGGCUAUGAGCGUUAUAUGCUUCUUCCGGGCCAAAGGUUUUGCCCCAUGGAAGAUGAACUACUCAUGUACUACCUUAAACCCAAGGUGAAUGGAGAGGAGGUACCCGGAAAAGAAGCCCUUAUUUGCGAGUUGGAUCUUUAUGGUGAGCAAGAACCUUGGAAUAUAUGGGAAAGAUAUGAAGCAAGAAGGGCAAACGACUUGAGAAGGAACAAAGAUCUCUACUUCUUUACCAAAAAGAAGAAGGUGAGUGCAAAAGCCUCGCGUAUAAGCAGAAAAGUUGGGAGUGGAACAUGGAAAGGCCAGGACGCAGCCAAGCAGAUAUAUCUUCUUGAUCAGAAUCAGCAGCCAACAACUACUCUUCUUGGUUUCAAGAAAACCUACACCUACAAGAAUACGAGCUCUGUGCAUCAUGGUCGCUGGAUCAUGUACGAGUUCGAACUUGAUGAGUCGCAACUCCUGCACAAGCAGGAACAAGUAAAUAAGAAUGCAUACUCUCUUUGUUUACUCAGGAAGAACGAUAUACCACCGGAAAAGAAGAAGAGAAAAUUAAGGCAAGAAGAAGAGAAUCAUGAGAUGCUCCAAGCGAAGAAAAAUGUGCCAGCACCAUCAUUAUUGGAUUUCCCUCAGCUAGAAAAAUGGUAUGAUCAACAACAAUUCUUGCUGCCAGCUGAACCUCAACCAAGCGAAGAAAAUUUGGGGCAACAAUGUCAGAUACCAACAUUAUUUUCAGCUAAUGAAAUAAUGAGUGACCAAGAUAAAAAUCAGUUGCAGCAAAUGCCAGCUGAAGAGGGUAUCUUGACACCAGGGGAAGUCGAUCUGUAUGGAGGCAACUUGAGUGAUGUUAUGGUUGGUGCAAACUGGCCCGACUCUUUUAUAGGGGAGCUAGUGAAGGAUGACCAGCCAUAUACCAUGGAAGAGGGUGAAUGGAAUGAUUUUCUUGUUCAGAUUUUGAGCACUUAG